UUCUAUUAGCUAUUAGUGGUAUCUACCAAUUAGUUAAGAUGGCACUCUUGUGUUAUCUAUCUUUUGUCGUAGUGCUUUCUCUACACAUUGUCUCAGGGUCCUAUCAGGCACAGUUUGAGAACUUCCUCCUGAAAUUCAGUAAGAACUAUCAGAGCAAAGAAGAGUUUCAACAUCGACUAUCAAUAUUCUCCAAAAACCUAGAAGUGGCAAAACGUUUACAGAAGGAGGAACUGGGGACAGCAAAGUAUGGUGUCACAAAAUUUAGUGACCUCACAGAUGAAGAAUUUGCAAGAUUCAAUUUAAAUCUAGUUGAUGCACUGCCUCCAGACAAUUUGACAGAGUACAAAAUAGAGGCCCCACCAAAACAAACAUCAUGUGACUGGCGCAAAGCAGGUGUCAUUUCAGAAGCCAAACACCAGGGCAAAUGUGGUUCAUGUUGGGCUUUUGCUUCUGUUGGAAACAUUGAGGCACUGUGGGGAAUUCGUGGAUAUCCAAUGAAUUUGUCAGUUCAACAAAUUAUAGAUUGUGGUCCAUGUGAUGCUGGAUGUACUGGAGGGUAUGCCUGGGAUGCAUUUACAGUUGUAUUACAUGAAGAGGGAUUGGUAACCGAAAAGGAUUACCCAUAUUGGGGACCAAGGCAGCACUGUAAAAGUCAUUUUGAGAAAGUUGGACGGAUUGAUUAUUUUGUAAAACUGCCUGCAGAUGAACAAGCAAUGGCUUCUUUUGUUGGCAAGUACGGAACCCUCACUGUCUGCCUCAAUGCUUCUGUGCUCCAGCAUUACCAAAAUGGAAUAAUUCAUCCUGCAAACUGCCGGCCAUCAAUUGACCAUAUGGUUUUACUAGUUGGAUAUGCAAAAUGUACAGGUAACAAUAACCCAUACUGGAUUGCAAAAAACAGCUGGGGAAAGAACUGGGGAGAAAAUGGCUUUUUCAGAAUUUACCGUGGUAAAAAUGUCUGUGGUAUCGCAAAAUAUCCAGUAAGCGCUGUCAUUACCGAUCCGAACAGAAGAAAAAUUCCUUGUCCUCCAUGAUCUUGUGGUAGCUAAUACUUCGUAUUUGAAGGAAACCCGAACAUACAAAACCUGCAAUAACAGUCACACUAUGGAUUUACUUUUCAAAAAAAAAUUGUUAUUUUAAAAUGAAUAAUGUGAUUGGGAAUACACACUAAAAUAUUUCAUUACAUUAUAACAAUCAAAACAUUUAGGCCACUUUCACACUGAAGCAGCGGCCGCGUCUUAGCGGCACUUUUCGGCCACUAG